AUGACACCCAUCAAGAAUGUUGCCGUAUUUGGUGCAAAUGGCGCAUUGGGAGAGGUUCUUAUUCCAGCACUCCUGCAAGCCGACUUUGACGUGGCGUGCAUUACUCGCCCCGACAGCCAAAAGAGCCUUCCCGGCGGCGUGCAAGUAAGAGUCUCUGACUACUCGAACAUUAAAGCUCUCACUAUGGCUCUGAAAGGCCAAGACGUCAUUGUCGAGGCUUUCAAUCCAGCAGCCGCAUCCUACCAGACCAACAUCCUGCGGGCAGCCUUGGCCGCCGGAGUGGGACACAUUGUCACCCCAGACUUCAGUGGCAAUACGUUCCAUCCCAACGCCAAAGAGGCUCUCAUCUUCGGUCCCAAGUUGACAGCUCAGCGUGAACUUGAACGUAUCGUCGCCGAGUCGAACGGGUCAUUGUCAUGGACGGCAUUCAUAAUUGGUCCGUGGUACGACUGGACCAUUAAUCGCGGCAUUUUCUGGAUCAAUAGAGAAGAACGAACCAUCAGUCGCUACGGUUCUGGAGAUCAAAGAUUCAGCAUCAGUCGCCGCGCCCUCAACGGCCAAGCCCUUGUUACUGUGCUGACCAACCCGGAGAAAUACCGGAACAGGGCUACCUACUUUGCCAGUCACACUGUAUCGACGAACCAGUUGAUUACACUGAUUGAGGAUCUAGGUCUCGAAAGUUGGAGGAUUAUUGACCUGUCAUUUGACGGGUUUACAGAGAAGGCCCGUGCUUUGUGGCGAGAGGAUACAGAACAGGGAGUCGAGGAUAGACUCAACUCUACGGCAUAUGCCGCUCUAUCCACCGUGGCACUGCUGGAUGAAGAUAAUCGUUACGGUUCCAACUUCGAGGACCAAGUUGAAUCUGGAUGGGCCGAAGGCGAGAAUGCGCUGCGGGAGAAUUUGAGACGUCUUCUCACGUAG